AGCGAGAGGCUUGGGAGAGCGCUGAGUGCUGGAAGCAGCUCAGAAUGGAGACAGGGGUGUUGGCAGAAGAGCUGACCUGUAGUGUGUGCCUGGAGUUGUUCCAGAACCCCGUGGCAUUGCCCUGCCAGCACAGUUUCUGUGCAAAAUGUAUCAACGAUGUCUGGGACCAUUCAGAGACUCCGUUUAGAGUCAGCUGCCCUCAAUGCCGACAGACCUUCAGCCCCAGACCCAGCCUGGUGAAGAACCACACGCUGCAGAACAUCAUGGAGAAAUACAACACGCAACCGCCCGUCGCUGCUGCUUCUGCCCCGACGGCCCCCGUGAUGUGUGAGUACUGUAUUGACAAACCAACACCAGCCGUGAAGACCUGCCUCAAAUGUGAAACCUCCUUCUGUUCCCUCCACCUGCAACCGCACUUGACGAAGCAGAUUUACAAAGAGCACUGCUUGAUCGAGCCCGCAGCCGACCUCACAAGGAGGCAGUGCCCAAGUCAUAGGAAGGCCCUCGAGUUCUACUGUGAGCAAGACGAGGUGUGUGUUUGCGUGUCCUGCACCAUCGUCGGGGAUCACAGGUCCCACAGUCUGAUCAGUCUGGAGCAGGCAAAGGACAAACUGAAGGAGAAAUUGAAGAAAAAUGUUGAGAAAAUUCAUAUGAUUCAGAAAGAAUGGACGAGAGAACAGGGAGAGCUGAAACAAUCAGAAGAUGAAAUAAAGAGACACAGUAAGGAAAUGAAGGACAAACUGUCUGCAGCUUUCUCUGAAUGGAGGAAGCAGUUGGAAAAGGAUGAAAAGUUGGCACUGAAGAUGAUCGAUGAAGAGGAGGACCGGGUACUCUCCCAGAUCAAGAGCUCCUCUGAUUCACUGUUGAAGAAGAUGGAGGAAAUUCAAAUAAUAGACAAGGAUGCCCAGGAUCAAGAGCAGAAUGAUCCACUCUCCUUCAUUCAGGAUGUGAAGCAGCUGCUUUCCAGACUUUCUCCAUUCCAACCACACCAAGCUACUGUUACCAAACAGGUGAUAAAGCCAUAUUAUGUCCCUGUUUUUGGUACCUAUACAUCUUCAAUAAAUUUCACAAGAAAUGCCGGUGAUAUUAAAUCUACUAUUGUUUCUGAUGCUGGAUUGAGACGUGUCCGUGAAAGGAACCAACACACUCAAGGAAAGAAGUUGGAGCCCUUCAGAGCCACAAAGCCACAGAGUGAAACCCUGAACAUGUCUGCUGUCAAGACUGUUAUCCAGAAAAGGCUUUGGGAAUACCAAAAGUACCAGACGACCAUACUGCAGGCACUAGAAAUCUAUGAUAAGCAGAAGAACGCCAAAUACAAUGAACGACAGAAAAACAUUAGAACUCCAAAGCCCGCUGUCCCCCCUCGCCCGCCAAAGCAGCAGUAAGAACCAGUGCAUCAACCACCUCCCUCCCCCCAACCGCUUCAGCAAGAAGUGUCAAUGCCCACCACCAACCAAGCAACAGCAAAGCACCCAACGAGAGACCAUGAUCUGCAAUCAACAAAAACUGUUGUUUACCCAUCAGUUCAACAUGCACAGGCUUUCUCUCACUAACAAAGGACAGAAAGGUAUCACCCAUUUUCACAGUGACAGGGGAAACUGACUGUCAUUGUUACGAUAUUACAGUCUGCUGUGUUGCUUUUAUUCUGAGACUAGGAGACCCUCUGGCAGCAAACUCACCCACCAUUGAGAGAAAGUGUGAUCACUCAACGACAGAGACCUCCACCCAUACAUCCACCCAUACAUUUUGUGCCUGUUGCUGUGGAUUUCCAUUAUCUGAAGAUUUUGUCUUGAUUAUAUUUAUUGUAUGUUCUUCUUUUCAGUGUGCUCUUAGAUGACUAAUUCAUUUCAGAUUAAGAGGGUUCCCCUCAGAAAAUGGUCGUAGAGAAACUGCAUUAGGAUUGCAACUGAAUAUUUGCACCUUGCUUUUCUUCAGAUUUCCCGAUGUGUCAGGGUAGAAUUUUUCUCAAUAUUCUGAUGUGUCCAUUUGAAGUAGUGCUGAGGGUAAGCACCUCACAAUCAGAUUGAGUAAUCAUUCAUUGUGUAGGCUUGAUCAUUUCAGGUAGUGAAGGUCUUUGGUAUGGGUUUCAGUGGGGUGGAGAUAUUAUUGGUGACUGUUAUGUACCACUAGGAUUCAUAUUUUCUGUGGGCUGUCACUUUAAAAUGUAAGGAGAAUGAGACUGACUUUUGGACACUGUUUGAGCUGCUACAGAGAGAGAGAGGGAUGAAGCUUGCCUUCCGGAUGGUGUUUAUACGGACUCUAAAGCGUGCUUACACUUAUACAAGGAUGCUGCCUGCUUGUGAGUUCCUACAGAGAGAGAGGUGGAGGUAUUUGAUGGACAAUCGAUGUUAUAGUUUCUCUGCAGCGAGUUUACAUUUUACAAGGACAGUUACAGACACAGAGAAACACAUGCUCACAGUCAAGAUGGAUUUGAUCAAUGAAAGACACCCAGUGAGUCAGUCGCUGGUUUAAACUUACAGUAGCCUGGACAGGGGUGAGUUGAGAUUGAUCCAGAGUAUUGAUAAACCACUCUCACAAGUACUGCAACUGAAAGAAGUUUGAUGAGAGGAGAGAUAGGUUUGAAACAGAAGAAACCUAGUGACGAAGAGAUCACUGGACUAAGUAGCCCGUGAGGGUGAGUUUGUUACCAUUCGACUACGAUAGUCUGGUUGUCACUUUGUUAAUCCACAGGAGUGGGUUCUCUGGUGAGGGGAAAACCUGUGUGAAUACCACAUGGGUAAUUACCCUUUGUCUGGGUGUGGUAGUUCACUGAAGAAAGGCACCCCUGUGGCACAUCACUGUUGGAGUUAUUUCGUAUGUCCUGGAACUGGAUAAGUGGCUAUCACGUUGUGUGUUUAGGGUAACCUUGUGGAAUCUACCGGUGUGUCGACCCUUGCCUGAGUGGUGGUUCCCUUAGUGAUAAGCCACUGUUGGUGAUAAUCCAUACGUGGAUUCUGUUUGAGUAUCCUGUGGCCACCACUUUGGGAUGACCCGUAGCUGAAUUCAGGUGUGGUACCACUUGUGUUGAAAGGAUAUUCAUUGAAGAUCACUGUCGGUGAUAUUUUGUGUGUGGAGUGGAACAACUUCGGAGAUAGAACCCACUAUUUUUAUUUUGUAUUGCUGUCGUGGAAUCUGUGGAAUAUCGUCGUAAUUGCCUUCUCACAACAUUCGCCUUUUGGAUUACAAAUAUCUCGCAUUAAUUAACCUGAGUAUUAAACUGAACUUUCUUAUAUUCCAUCAUAAGACUGUAUCCCUGACCACCUAAGCUUGAAGAAGUUUGGGUUUUAUAGUUACACACUUGCAUAUGCAUAAGUUCUGCUAACCUGUUUGAUUUAUCUGGUUUUAUAUCACUG